GACUGUUACCGUCUGCGUCUGUUUGGCUAACUGUAGUUAGCAUUAGCAGCGAAGCUGAGGGGUGUGAGAGAGGGAGAGAGGGGGAGAGAGGGAGAGAGGGUCCGGCCUCGCUGGACAAACGUUUUCCUUCGUGACAGCAGUCUUUUAAGUGAGAAAAUAGUCCCUAAAAAGAAGAGGAACCGUCCUCACAGGCCGCAGUGCUUCGGUCGUAAAGCUUUAGCCCUGUUCGCCUUCAAAUGAAAAUGAAGUUCAUCAGCGGGUCUCCUCAGUGGCGAGCUAGCAUAGCCCAUGGAUAUCGCUUCCUCCUUUCGCUUUCAGACAUCAGCCAAGCCGAUGCACCACUUCCCUUCGAUGCGUUCCCAUUUUAUGGAUUCUGAUAUGGACUAUGAGAGGCCAAAUGUCGAGACUAUCAAGUGUGUGGUUGUUGGGGACAACGCUGUGGGAAAGACCCGGCUCAUCUGUGCCCGGGCCUGCAAUGCCACCUUGACCCAGUAUCAGCUCCUGGCCACACAUGUGCCUACUGUUUGGGCCAUAGACCAGUACAGAGUGUGCCAAGAGGUGUGUUUCUCCAACCAGGUUCUAGAGCGCUCUAGGGAUGUGGUGGACGAUGUCAGUGUGUCCUUACGGCUUUGGGACACUUUUGGAGACCAUCACAAGGACAGACGCUUUGCAUAUGGCAGGUCUGACGUAGUGGUGCUGUGUUUCUCCAUUGCAAACCCAAACUCCCUGCACCAUGUGAGGACCAUGUGGUACCCAGAAAUCAAACACUUCUGCCCUAGAGCUCCAGUCAUUCUGGUGGGCUGCCAGCUGGACCUGAGAUACGCUGAUCUAGAGGCAGUCAACAGGGCCCGCCGCCCGCUGGCCAGACCCAUAAAAUCAAACGAGAUUCUGCCUCCAGAGAAGGGCCGUGAGGUGGCCAAAGAGCUCGGCGUUCCGUACUACGAAACCAGUGUCGUUGCUCAGUUUGGAGUCAAAGACGUUUUUGACAAUGCCAUCCGGGCCGCCCUCAUCUCGCGCCGCCACUUACAGUUCUGGAAAUCCCACUUGCGCAACGUGCAGCGGCCUCUCCUCCAGGCCCCUUUCCUCCCUCCAAAACCGCCUCCUCCCAUCAUCACAGUCCCUGCGCCACCCAGCAGCAUUGAGGAGCACCCGGGCCGGUUGCUGGAGGAUCCACUGUGCGCUGAUGUUAUCCUGGUCCUGCAAGAGCGCCAGCGGAUCUUUGCCCAUCGCAUCUAUCUAGCUACGGCCUCCUCUAAGUUCUACGACCUUUUCCUGGCUGAACGUCGCGCUCCUGAGGACAAUAAGAAAGAGAAGGAGCGUCCACGGCCUCCACUCUCUGGACGGGAGCUGCUGAUGCGGGCUGCCAGUUUUGACGUUUGUGAGAGCAUAGAUGAAAGAGACAGGGCGAACCUUCGGGCUUGCACUAGUGACGGAACCCUCAAAGGAGGGGAAGGCGGAGGCCGGCUACUCCCUGCGUUUAGCCGGGCUUUUGUCAGUGUCCAGGAAGAAAUGGUAGAUGACCCAGUGACCUUCAGCUCCAGGCAGAUGACCGUGAUUCACAUGGACCCGUCAAUGCAGCCAGGGCCAUUUAGGGCAGUGCUGCGGUACUUGUACACAGGGAAGCUGGAUGAACGGGAGAAGGAGCUGAUGCAGGUGGCGCACAUCGCUGAACUGCUGGAGGUAUUCGACCUGCGCAUGAUGGUGGCCAACAUCCUGAACGAUGAGGCGUUCAUGAACCAGGAGAUCACCAAGGCAUUCCAUGUGAGACGCACCAAUCGAGUUAAAGAGUGCCUGGCUAAAGGAACCUUCUCAGAUGUGGUGUUCAAGCUGGAUGAUGGUACGAUAAUGGCCCAUAAGCCCCUGCUCAUCUCAAGCUGCGACUGGAUGGCGGCCAUGUUUGGAGGACCCUUUGUAGAGAGCUGUACUAAAGAGGUGCUGUUUCCAAACACUACCCGCAGCUGUAUGCGUGCGGUAUUGGAGUAUCUCUACACAGGCCGCUUCUGUUCUCGCCCAGACCUGGACGCAAUGGAGCUCAUCGUCCUCGCAAACCGUCUCUGUCUGCCUCACCUGGUUGCACUGACAGAGUUGUACACUGUGACUGUGCUUAUGGAGGCUGCCAUGAUGGGAGCUGAUAUAGAUGGAGACGUACUGGUUUAUCUGGAAAUGGCACAGUUUCAUGGCGCUCAUCAGUUGGCUGGAUGGUGCCUCCACCACAUCUGCACGAAUUACAAUAGCGUUUGCCGCAAGUUCCCUCGUGAUAUGAAGGCCAAGUCAACAGAAAACCAGGAAUACUUUGAGAAACAUCGUUGGCCCCCAGUGUGGUAUCUGAAAGAAGACGAUCAUUAUCAGCGGGCCCGUAAGGAGAGGGAGAAAGAGGACUACUUGUACCAGAAACGUCAGUGUAAGCGCAAGUGGCUCUUCUGGAACCUUCCGUCCUCGCCCUCUUCCAACUCCCCCUCCUCUCCUGGCUCUUCAGCUGUCAUGUGAUUGGCCAUCGAAGGCCUUGCUGCUGGUCUGAGAUGGAAUGUAAAUGCACACCUCAGCAUUGACAGCCAAUUUGGUUCAAAUAUACAGGCUUAUCUGUCCAUCAUCCAGCCACUGAGUAUGAAUCCCCAGGCGCGAAAACAGAGGAACAGGCAGGAAAGCCAGAGAGUUGUAGGGUUGUUUUCUUUUUUAUUUCGCUUUGUUGCAGCUGAUUGAGGACACAACUGAAGCUUUGCUUCCUCAGCGGUUUAAAGGAUGAAAGUUCUCUGAAGCUGUGUAUUUGGCUCAGACCCAGCAAAUGAAAAAUGCUAAAUGACACUACUGAUAACUGCUAACAAAGUGCUUUUCAUCUACAACACAGUACAGCUAAGAACAACCAAGCAAAAUGUCCUCAAAAAAUGUUUUGGCUCCUCUUCGAUCCUUGUUUUCAGAGAGAGGAUUUAAGAGCAUAUUUUUGCUUUUCCAGUACAACAAAGAUUUCCAUACACAACUAUGAUGAUGGUCAAACGCUGCAUGGAGGGGCAUGCAGAUAUUGACUGCCACAGAAUGUUAUAUUAGGCUUACUCAGUCCAAACAAUCCAGUGACACAAUUGAAUUAUCUGGAAUCAAAUUAUGUGUUUCUUUUUUUUUUUUGUCCUGCUCUAGUGGAAACGUAUUGUUGAAUGUUAAUUGUGCCCAGCUGGCCCUGACAGUGACUUUGAAAGUGAAUUGUUUAUCCUGCUCACUGUGGU